AGCGCAGCUUACACGGGGGCAGAGCAUCAUUUAUCGUUUGGCAAUUGUGUGCUGCUCAUUUACGGCUGGCAUCAACGUGGCCCGACCCCCGCCUCUGCUCUCCCGCUCGCUGUGUGAUCGUCUUGUCACUAUCGACCAACCCAACUCGUCUUAAUUGCACCUGUGUCGCCGGUUGUUAAUUGUUGUCCAAAAUAAUCAUUGAACGUGCGUGAAUUUUCGGACUUUUGAUAAAAUUCCAAAAGACUGUGUUACUGCUUCUGUGUUCGUUUCUGUGAGUACCGUAAUGUGCACAGGCCCUUUUUUGUAAUGGAGAACAACAAUACUUGUGAAGUAAGAGCAGAGGAAGGCGGCAACGAUAAAACAGCCAAGGAGAUGGCAAAAGCUCAGACUGAGCAAAAGAAACUGGAUGAAAGUGGGGAAGUGGUAGCGUAUCCCAAGUCGGUGGGCUUCAUCAUUAGCAAUGAGUUCUGCGAACGCUUCAACUACUAUGGCAUGCGCACCAUUUUGGUGCUGUACCUCACCAACAAGCUGGGCUACAACGAGGAGACCUCGACGGUGCUCUUCCACGUCUUCACCAUGCUGGUGUACAUCUUCCCACUGAUCGGAGCCCUCAUCGCCGACGGCUGGUUGGGCAAGUACAAGACGAUACUGUAUCUUUCGAUGGUGUACAGUGUUGGCGCCUUGAUAGUGUCCUUUGGCGCCAUUCCGCUAAGCGCCAUGCCAACCAAAGCUGUGACCAUUCUGGGCCUCAUACUGAUCGCCGUGGGAACGGGCGGUAUAAAGCCCUGCGUGUCGGCCUUUGGCGGCGAUCAGUUCGUGUUGCCUCAGCAGACCAUGCAGUUGGCCAAGUUCUUUUCGCUGUUCUACUUUGCGAUCAACGCAGGCUCCAUGAUCUCGACAACGGUGACGCCAAUUCUGCGAGCGGAUGUCCACUGCUUCGGAGAGGACGACUGCUUCUCGCUGGCCUUCGGGAUUCCUGCUAUUCUUAUGAUCGUCUCGGUGGUGAUCUUUGUGGCUGGGAAGAAGCGCUACCAAAUUAAUGAGCCCACGGGAAAUAUGAUCUUCGGCGUCUCGCAGUGCUUAAUAGAUGCAUUCAAGGGUUGGCGCAAGUUCCGCAAGACCGAUCCGAUGCCCAGCUUCCUCGACUACGCCCGACACUCGGUGGGAGCCAAGAUGGUGCACGAGACCAAGAGCCUGGCCAGGAUCCUCAUCCUUUACCUCCCAUUCCCCAUAUUCUGGGCCCUGUUCGACCAGCAGGGAUCCCGCUGGACCUUCCAGGCCACGCGCAUGGAUGGCCUUGUACUGGGCUUCCAGAUCAAGCCCGAUCAGAUGCAAGUGGUCAAUCCCCUGCUCAUCCUGGCCUUCAUCCCACUGUUUGACUACAUUAUCUAUCCCCUGCUGGCCAAGGUCGGCCUGCGGCGGCCACUCCAGAAGCUCACUGUCGGCCUGCUGCUGGCCGCCCUGGGCUUCUUUAUGUCCGCUGCCCUUGAAAUGAAGAUGGAACAGGCCGCCAGUGGCGCAUUGCCCAACAGUCCCCAAAAUGCCCAUUUGCGACUGUACAAUGGGAUGCCCUGUCGCUACGAGUUCAUCAGCAACCUGAGCCCCAGGACAUCAGCACAAGACCCAUCCUCCCGAAGCAUCGAUCCCUUGCAUAUGUGGUCCGAUCUUUCGCUGGUCGUAAAGGAGCCGACACAAUACACCUUCACGGCCCAUGAUCCGGCGGGCAAAUGCGCCAAGAUUCAAGGCCAGCUACAUCUGCGCCCGGGCAAGGCUACCAGCUACUUCCUGGGCGACAAUGGGCUACAAGAAUUUGAUGACGGUCUGAACAGUGUUCCCAACAUCAACAGUCCACCACUGCUCCGGGCCCUCAUCAACACGCCAAGGAACGAGGGACCCAUCAUGCUCAAAGGAUCGGGCGACUGGCUGCAACCGCUCUCUAUGGAAAACCGCAGUCUCUCCGAGCUGCAUAAAGUUGGCUUUGGCGAACUGAAUAUCAAUGGGAAGCGGGCCGCCAGCUUUCAGCCCAAGAACGGGGGACUCUACAGCCUGUUGGUGAACGGCGAUGCAGAGCUUGGCUAUGCUUCCAACUUGCUGGAGGUGGUGCCGCCGCCGGCUGCGGUAUCCAUACUGUGGCAGCUGCCGCAGAUUGUAGCCAUGACGGCGGCGGAGAUAAUGUUCUCGGUGACGGGGCUGGAGUUCUCAUUCACCCAAGCGCCGCAGAGUAUGAAGAGCGUGCUGCAGGCCUGCUGGCUCCUGUCGGUGGCUAUUGGCAACAUGAUCGUGGUGCUAAUCGCGGAGUUCAAGCUCGCCAGCUCGCAGUCGGGCGAGUUUAGCCUCUUCGCCUGCCUCAUGCUGGUGGACAUGGUGUUAUUCCUUUGGCUGGCCCGCAACUAUCAGUACAAGGACCAAACGCAGGAAAGCGAGAUCCCAGACGAUGUCAAGUCUGUAGGCAAGCCCCAAACGUCUGAGAUCACGUCGCAGUCCAAGGAUAAGUCCAAUCUGCGACAAGAGGGUGGGAUGUAUUCUGAGCCGGGAUAUGGGUCCUAUCGCAACAAUGCCUACGAGAAUGAUUUCUCGGAAGCCUGAACACCUCAUCAGCCUGAUACUUAAUCAAUGCUAUUCUCAGCGAAUCCUCAAUCGAAUUUAGUCUUAGUUGUUCUCGUAUUUAUUUUACUUUUUGUAUUGUAUUUAUAGUCUUCUGUAGCUAUGUACGCUUUUAUUCUGAACUUUUA